ACCUCUUGUACCUCCUGAGCUGCAGAGAUGUGUCCACUAUCCCACAACUUGCCCGCCUACUUUGACCGAGUACCACAGAGCUUUUCCUGAUCAGUCCUCCUGAACAUGUCGACUCUCCCUUGAGUUUGUUGGGGAUUCCUUUUCGUGGAAUCUUUCCGCGUCGAGGCUUGGUCGCCGGACGGGGCUUAUCAAUACUGCAUCAAUCGAGCAUCAGAUUCGCAUCACAAUAGCGAUCGAGUGACAAAGGCGCAGCUUCUAUCUACUCCAAGCCUCUCACGAUCCUGCAGGAAAUGCCAUUGGCGUCAACAUGGCCUACUCAAUGAGCCUCAAACUCACCCCUUCCGAGCUCGAAGAGCGCCGUCACCAGCUCAACAGGGCGGGUUUUCAUGCGUGGCUCUCCCCAAUCAUCCUCCUGGUGGUGGCAUAUCUGUGUCGACGCUACUUUCAUGCAGUGUUUUUGUCAUCCAAGUCGCCAGCGUCAGCAUCUCGCUCGCCACACGUGUCGCAGGUGCAGCUGUUCCUCAGACGCGCGGAAUGGAUCCUACAGACGACAUACAUACCCGAGUUUGGCCCCCUGUCUGUCCAGCUGCUGGCGUUGAUGUAUACAGCGUGGCUCCUUUACCUCACAUUCCACAACACGGGAGAAGAUUACAUGCAUCUCACCAAGGCGUUCGGACAUGUAGCCAUCUCCCAACUCCCAAUGCAUUACCUUCUCUCCCUUAAACAUACAACAUACUCGCCCCUCAGGUGGGCCACGGGCCUAACGCACGAACGCCUCAACGCAGUCCACCGCAUCUUCGGGCGCAUAGUUCACGCCUUCUUAGCCACUCACGCCGUUCUCUAUCUCCGGUUUUUUGUCAAAAUGGGUCUUCUGCCGAAACGGAUCAAGGACCCCGACGUCCGGUUUGGGAUCCUGGCGUUCUGGAUGUUCAAUUUCUUGGGUGUACUGAGUCUGCCCGUCGUGAGGAGGAAAAUGUACCACUUCCUGUUCUACAGGAGUCACGUCUUGUUGAGCGCCCUCGUCAUUCCGGUCUUGUGGGCCCAUGUGCCUUACACGAGGUUCUACGUGGCGCAAGUUGCAGUGAUUUGGAUUCUUGGAGGAUGGUCGAGGAGCAGGAGCGGGGUGACGAGCGUGCAGGAGUUGAGAUGUGAGAACAUCCCCGGCACGCAGCUUGUGCGGGUGAGCUUUCUCGUGGAUAAGACCAGUGCACUGGCCCAGGCGAUUCCAGGACAGCACGUUUAUGUCCGCCGUCGCGGGGGCCUGAUCGGUCCAAAGACGCCGUUUUCGAUUGCGAACGUGCACCUCUCGGCCAAAGACGGGAAGGAGCAAAUGGUGGAAGUGAUGCUUGUGCUCUGGAACACGGGCGGCCCGGGGACGUCUUCUCUGGCAGCCCUCUCCAAGCCCAAAGUCGAUGAGGCGGCGGAUGAGAUGCAGAUCGAAGGCCCCUACGGCGAAGCCAGCGUGUACAUGCCUGCGAUCCUCCGCUCGGACCCGGGCGAUCCGGUCCUUCUCGUCGCCGGUGGCAUAGGCGCCACGUACGUCCUGCCGAUAUACAUCGCUCUGUUGAAUUCGCGCCGCCGACGCCGCGCAGAGGGAGCAAUGGGACGCAUCAAGAUGGUGUGGCUGAUCAAGACCCCCGCCGAUGCGCGAUGGGGCAUUGAGCUGCUCGUGAGCCGCCUUCGCGAGGGCCUCGUGCUGGACGUUGACAUAUACAUUACCACCGUCUCCUCAGCCAUGGACGAACUCGACUCGUCUUCGCUCCCCUCCUCGCUUCUGUUGAAGAAACAUGGUCUCCAUCUGCACCAGCUCGGCCACCGUCCCAGCCUUGGUCCGAUCAUCGACGAAGUGUUUGGCUCUUCUCCUGUUUCUUCUUCUUCGUCUUCGGCUUCUCUCUCCCCAUCAUUCCACGACGAGAGAAGCUCCCUCGAGCUAGACGGCCAAGUCACAGUCUUUGUGUGCGGUCCACGCGGUCUGUCCACCGACGUGAGGGCCCUCGUUGGAGGACGGGUCAUCGGCGAGGGGAGGAGGGUGCGGUGGUUCGAGGAGGUGUUUGGGUUUGGUGGGAGUUGAGGGCGGCGUUGCCUCUUGGGUUGUUAUCAAAAUACCGUCUCACGCUGAAAAGCGGUGGGAUCGAGUGUGGAUCUCGGUAUGUAAUCAUAUUCUAUGGUAUUCGGUCAUAUAAGACUAUGUCAAGGUACAUUAUUGCCAUGGGACAAGACGAUCCUCCAACCCUGUCCUUGACACGUUAUACUUAAUAGGACUUUUGCCAUC